CAGCUGCAAGUCACGAGUUGCUCGGUCGAUUUCAUCUUCCGCGAUCCGGUGUUCACGUUGUGGAUAAGUGCGUGGAGGUUUUGACGCUUUUUGUUGAAGUGGUGGUCAAUAUUGGAUUUACAGUGUAGUUUAAGAACAAAUGUUUUUAACUAUGAAAUAUGUUAAAAACCCGUUAAAAAGAUUAUAAUGAAGGAAGAACUGUUCGCGAUAGUGUUGUUUUCAUUAUUUUUUAAUCACCAUGGUUACGAAACAAUCAAAAGUGUCAGUGUUAGUCCCAAUGAAUUAUUUACAAUUUUUGAACCCAUAUAUUACAAGAAUUUAAGUAUACUAGAAAACUCUGAAGAUUUAGAAGAAAACAGAUACUCGAAGAAACUCCUAAAAAGAAUAGCUAGGUGCAAGCGGUAUGCUCAGUAUUAUCAGCAGCAACCUCAUUACCGACAUGUGUUUAAUUACCAACCAAAUAAUGAUGGUAAUGUUUAUCAACUAAAUCCAAAAAUAAUUCCACCACGAUAUGUCAUACCACAGCCACAAUAUUACGUACCAACCAGAUGCAACUCAUACUGUUUGCCUUGCCCUACAUCUACGUGCGGAAGAAGAUGCCCAUUCAUAUAUCCUACCAGUCUUCCUUAUAAAACAACGCAUACACCAAAAAUGACAACUCGAGCACCGCAUACAAAACCCACGAUACCUCGUACUUCUAAAAUCACGACACGAACAUCUUUAAAAACUACUCCAAGGUUUCCCUGGCGAACCAGUUCAAGAAUUACUUCCAGAUUUCCAUCAAAAACCACUCCAAAGACAAAAUCAACAACGAGAUCGAGAACUACUUCAAAGGCCACGUCUAGACCAGCUUGGAGAACCACUUCGAAGACUACUUCAAGAACAACGUCUAGGACGAGAACGACACCUAAAUAUAAGGGUACGAUAAGAAUUUUUUCUACUAGAAGCAAACCUACCAGUUCUAGAAAUGCUCUCAUUAUUGUACUAAAAAACCCUUGUACCUGUGACCCUGACGGAUCGAGAUUUCUAACUUGCAAUCAGACCACAGGAGCUUGCUUCUGCAAGCCACAUUAUAUAGGAAAUGAAUGUAAUUCAUGUGAGGAUGGAUACUGGAAGAAAAACAAAGUGUGUACAGAAUGCAAAUGUAACAUAUAUGGUACAAUUCCCAACACUAACUGUGAUAAAGAAACUGGAAAAUGUCUGUGCACACCGGGUGUUACGGGUCAACAAUGUACUAGCUGCUUGCCGAACCACUAUGGUGAUAUCAAAACAAGCUGUGAAAGAUGUGACCCUUGUGAUAAAAAAGGACACAUUUGUGAUCCCAACAACGGCAAAUGUAUUUGUCCUCCGUUGACCACUGGCACUGAAUGCGAAAUAUGCGUAGAUAAUACUUGGGGUAUCGAGGAAGGGGUAGGAUGCAAGCAUUGUAAUUGCUCAAUUACUGGUUCUUCUAGUCAGCAAUGUAACACCAACACAGGAACUUGUACUUGCAAGAUCGGGUUUGAAGGUAAAAAAUGUAGUUCGUGUAGUUUCGGCUACUAUGAUUAUCCCAACUGCAAAAAAUGUAAUUGCGAUCCCAUCGGCACUGACGGAGAACAGUGUAAAGACGGUCUUUGCAAAUGUAAUAAUGAUGGAUCUUGUAAAUGCAAGCAAAAUGUCCAAGGAAAAUACUGUAACGAGUGCAAAAAUAACCAUUACGGACUUUCAAAAGAAAACACUAAGGGUUGUACAGAAUGUUUCUGUUUCGGAAGAAGUUACACAUGUACAGACGCUCUCUAUCACUGGAAUAAGUCGACAAGAUUAGAACGAACAUUGGAGGAAGAUAAUCAGGUAACUGAAGACGAAUUAAGUUUACCAAAAUCAUUCUUGGGUGAUAUAACCCCUUCUUACGGCGGUUACUUAGCGGUGGAUAAUUCCGGAGGCAGGUUUGACGUAAUUUUAGAGGGAAACAAUGUUCAAAUAAGAUCCCUAGGAAAUCACAAUGAUCUACAAAUGACCGAAUCGACAGAGUUUGGUAACUGGAUAGUUUCCUCCAAUAAUUCGGAUUUUCCCACUGAAUGUGUUGAUAAAUUGAGUAGAUCUUGUUUUAUGGUUAUUCUGCAGGACGUUACAUUAUUUAUUAUAAAAGCUAAUAACAGAAUUAAGGAAGUCCUUCUGGAUAAAGCAAAGAACGAAGUAUCAGCUUAUCUAAUAACACAUUCUGUAGAAAAAUGUGAAUGCCCACCUGAAUACAAAGGGCUUUCUUGUGAAGAUCCAAACGAAGGAUACUAUCGUUAUUUUCCUAAGGAUCCAGAACUAUCUUGGAUAGACCGUGUUAUUGGAAUAGCUAAACAAUGUGAAUGCAGAGGACACUCAAACGAGUGUGAUCCAGAAACUGGCCAUUGCAAGAAUUGUAUCGAUCACACAACUGGAGAACAUUGUGAAAUAUGUGAAGAGGGUUAUUAUCUUGAUCCAGAAGAAACAUGCAAACCUUGCCUUUGUCCAUCAGCUCAACAGAAUAAUGCACAAAGUUGUAGACCAGAAAAUGAUGGUGGUUUUGUCUGUCAGUGCAAAUUAGGUUACACUGGAAAACAUUGCGACGAAUGCGACAGAAACUAUUACUCUCCCAAAAAUUCUACAGAGUGUAUAUCCUGUAACUGUAAUAAGUACGGUAUUGUUCCCGGGGAUUUGGGUCUGUGUGAUAAAGAAGGACGAUGUACUUGUCAAGAAGGAUUCACUGGUGACAAAUGUAACCAAUGUGUUAAAGAAAGAGAAUAUAUCGAAGGAGGCGUCUGUAAAUCUUGUGAUGAAUGCACUAUGAAACUAUUUGAUGAAAUCGAUAACAUGAAAAUAGAUAUAGAAAAUGUUUACGAGAUGUUUAAAGAUGGUAUUGGGCCACCAUGGAGGAAUCUGACCGAUCGUCUAAAUAAACAUAACAUGUUAUCCAAAAAGUAUAACCAGAAAGACGUUGAGUUCAAAAAUCUGUUAGAGUCGAACGACAUUAAUAAAUACGAAGCCACAAUUAAGGCGCUUGAAAAGAAAAUGAUUCAGAACAAUGAAAUAUUAGAAGAUAAUAUCAACAACAUUGACAAAUUGACUGAAGGUUCAAGUAAACUGCUGAAAGAAACUGGGGAAGCCAGUAAAAAGUUAAUAAGCAUUAUUGAUUCUUUAGACAACUUUGGAACAAAACAGGUUAGUUUGAAAGACGCAUUAACCAGAGCCCGUAAGAUAUUAAAAGAAAUCCAACAGCGUUCAAAAACGAUAGAAAAAUUAAAUGAUAAAAAAAUAUUCGAGUACUGCACUUCGAUUAAUUUAAAAGUUGACCAAAUAUAUGGCAAAGUUCCGAAAACACCUCCACGAAAUAUCGAAGAUUUAAAAAAUAAAUUAAAUGCUCUUUUCGAUCAGCUAUCAUAUACAGACAAUUUGUCCAAAAAAGCAGAUAAUAAAAAUACACUAAAUGCCCAACGUUUAGAAUCGGUCAAGGAAAAAUUUGAAAUAAUGAAAGGCAAGAAUAAGCAACUCACUAAUACCUUUAGCGAUAUUGUAAAUAAACUAAACGCUACCGAGGACGUCCUAGAAGCGUUAGAAACAGUUUACACUGACUUGAUAAAUAUAUCAAAGUUUGCAGAAUAUGAGGAACUAGAUAAUAGAGUGAAACGCCAAAUGGAAGAAAUACCUAAAGCACAAAAUUUAUAUGACAAGGCUGUGGAACAUGUUCAAGAGUUGGAAACAAAAGUUGAAGAUUAUCACAGUAUGUUCAACUUUACGAAAGACGAAUGGAAAAAAAUUAACGCUAGUGGAGCCUAUGAAGCCAUUAUAAAUGGUAUAAAAGAAACAAGAGAUCAUUUGGACAGUGCCAAAGAAUCUUUAAAGCAAGCUCAAAAACUUAUACUGCCUGAGAUAGGGGAUAGCAUUGUAACUCAAUCCGAUCUUGCACAAGCGUAUUCUGAUAGAUUAAGACAAAGAAUAACUAAUUUAAAGGAUCUUUCUAAAAAUCUACAUGACAUCAAGCGUAAAAUAGACCAACUAAAAUACGGAAUACUGGAAAAUGGAAAAAACAAUAAUGAAAAUUCCCAGCAUAUACAAAAAACCAACAACUUCCUCACACAAAAUGACAAUAUUACUAGAAUGGAAAGAGCAAUAAAAAAUGCAAGUGAAAUUUCUGAAACAAUGCGAGAAAUUUAUAAAAAGACAGACGAUAUUGCUUUCGACAAACAGUUUAAUUUUGAUAAGAAGUAUCAGAAGUAUCAAGACCAAAUUGAUCCUAAAGAAAUUACACAUUUGAACUCAGAUUUAAGGAUAGCUAGAGAAGCGCUUGUGAAUUUAAAAGUUCCACAGAGCUCCAAGAAUGAGGAAAAGAAGAGUCAAGAUGUAAAGGAUAGAUUGAACAACAUAGACACAAGACUAAACGAGUUGCAGAAUUUAAUUAGCUUAGUAAAACAACAAGUAGUUGGGGUGGAGGUGCCAAUGAACUUAACAAACUGCUUUAUGUCCUACCGAGUACCAAAGAGACAAUAUUUCCAAAGUCUUUCAAUAACGUUUAACUGUAACGAUUGCUGGUUAUUCAGAUGGUGGAAUAGUUUGACCAAUGAAGAAUAUUUAUCUAUCAGAGUAGAAAAUAACAUUCUUAUUGUGAGAGUUAAAGAGGUCGAUACCGAAAUCGGAGAAAUUUUAAGUGAAGAAAAUGUUGUGAAUCUACAAAAGACUGGCUCGAUGUUAAAAGUCCAAAUAGGACAAUAUGAGAAGGGAACAUUUUUAGAUACCGCUUUUAUUUAUCCAGAUCACAGCUUAGAAAUUGGUUCAGAAAGUGAAGCUACAUCUACAAAAAAAUCAGCAAAAAAAGCUUCGUAUAUUUACAAAGUAAUAUUAAAUGGAGAAAACUUUGGAGUAUGGAACUUCAAUAAAACCAACGGCAAAUGCAUUGGUCAACGAAGGAACGUUUCUAUUGACGAAAGCCUUAAUAAUCUCUACGGGGGAAAAGGUUACUUCGAGUAUGGAGUUAACAACAACUUGGAUCCGAGGAAAUUCUCGAUACAGUUCAAAGUUACGACUUUUGAUGAAAAUGCCACCCUCUACGUUGUUGCUGAUUUUGAUAAAUGCACUUACGCUUAUAUCUAUCUGCGCAAUGGUGAAAUUAACUUCUCCAUGAUGUUUAAUGAAACCGAAACCACAACUUUAAAGGGUGAGAAAAAAGUCAAUGACGGUCUGGAACAUUCCAUUGUACUAACUUGGGUAAUAGAAGCCAAAAGGUAUUACAAAUUCACCUUGGGAGUAGAUAAUGAUAUGCCCUUCCCUGAAUCAACGAAAGCAGUAGAUCCUAUAAAUUUCUUCAGAAUAAGAAAGUCGAAACAUUACUUAGGAGGUAUUCCACCUACAUUCAAUAAGACUUGUAUUCCCAUUAGAGAGCCACCUUUACUAGGAUUUUUGAAGAUGGAAACACAGUUAAGUAAUGCUGGAAUUUCUUAUGGAAUUACGCGAACUAAGACUCUCUCAUUUAACCACGUGUGGAUAAAAGAUCAAGGAUAUUUAUCACUAAAUUAUGCCAAAGAAAUCAUUCAAAAUAUAAGUUUUAUUUUGAGGCCGAUGGUGGAUACUGGUACAAUAAUCAAAUUCAAUGAAGCUCAAAGCAUAUCUAUGCAAGACGGUAAUAUUUUAGUUGACGGUGAAAAAAUUGAUUUGAAGCUUAAACAGAAUGACUACAACAACAUAGAAUUGGACUUGGGCACCAAUAAAGCGAUAAAGAUAAAUGGUGUUUCAAGUACAGUUACUAAUCCUGAAGAAAUUACGAUCGAAAACUUACAAAUAGGAGGACGAGGUUUUGUUGGAGGAAUUCGAGAUAUCGUAAUUAAUAAUAAGGGUCUUUCAUUCGAUAAUACUACAGUGCAAAAGUUCGGGAACGCUACUAUUGGGAAGGAAGAACCUUUGAAGGAAUUUGAACCGCAAAUGCGAAGUUUAAGUAUGACAAAUACAAUGCAAAAUACUGAAAGAUGUACAGAGUUUGAUAAUACCGAUAUCGAACAGGAUGCCAUAAAGUUUGGAGACAAACCGAAUAGUUACACCUACAUUAAAACAAAAUUUUGGAGGACAAACUUCACAAUGCAAUUCGAUUUUAGAACUUCAUAUCCAAACGGUGUUAUAUUUGUUGCGAGUAACAAGAGAAAAAAUUAUAUCCUGUUGGAGUUAAAAGACGGUCAAUUGCAGCUUAAUAUCGAAGGUAGAAAGAAACAGUUAAAAACUCUGCCGAUAAGUUCAACAAGAAUUAACGACGGACAUUGGCAUCAUGUUCGGUUAAGUAGAAAAAUGAAAAAACUUACAAUUUUCCUCGACAAAGAUACAAAACCAAGUAGAAUUAAUAUUAGGCUGAAACCCAAAGACGAAAUUUAUUUCGGAGGAGUUGCGCAAAAUUCAGAAUACCCUGAAAUUCCAGAUUUGAUGAGUCGUUUGCUUCCCUUCAGAGGUUGCAUGAGGUCCCUAGAAAUUAACAACGAACAGCAAUUUUUAAGAAAUAACAAAAACGUACAGAGUUCUAAUAUAACAUUAUGCUUUUCAAACGUUGAAGAAGGUGCUUACUUUGGAGGAGACUCAUAUGCUAUAUACAAAGAAGAUUUUCAGAUCAGCGAAAUGUUGGAACUCAGCUUUGAAUUUAGGACGUCAGAACAAAACGGUAUCCUACUAAGUGUUUCUAACCAGGGAGACUAUCCCGCGUUAUCCAUAGAACUACAAAAUGGUGGUAUAGUUAUGGCGGUAAACUUGGGCAAUGGAGUUAUUACCAACGUAACUAACAACCUCAACUCCGAUAUUGCUUUAUGUAACAAUAAGUGGCACAACGUAACAGCAUUAUAUUCAAGUUCUGAAUUAACAGUAAACGUUGAUGGUAUAAGAAAAAGUUGGGUCCAGAGCGAUAUCAAUUCUACCAUGGAUGAAAUGGAGGCACCAUUGUACGUUGGAGGAUUACCAGAUAAUGCUCCCACCGGAACAUUAAAGUCACUUACAAACUUCAAGGGCUGCAUACGAAAACUUAAAAUUGAAAAUCAACUAAUGGAUUGGUCCGAUAUGAAAGAACUGAAUAAUGUUUUAUUAAAUUCAUGUCCAAUAACAGAAAAUAGUGAAAAUAGCAACAUACCAUAAAUAUAACAAAACAAACGAAGCCAAAUUAUUACAAUUUGACCCUUUAACGUCCUGGAAAGAUAAUAGAACUGAAUUGUUUUAUUGAGAUACUUACCUUACCUUACCUUACUUUAUACGUUUUAAAGUUUUAUAAAGUAACGUACUAUGUUUUCGUCAUCAUCAUCUUUGGCUCUACAACCCUGGGUGGGGCUUGGCCUGUUCAAGAAUUAGUCUCCAUCCCCCAAUAUCGUUCGCGAUGGCUUUCCAAUUUCUGACCCCUAGAUUCCUUAAGUCAUCUUCGACUUGAUUUUAAAUCCAGAUCUUGGCCUGCCUUUCUUCCUGGUUCCUACUGGCUCUUGAUAUAAUAUCUGUCGGUGGGGGUCUCCAGUGUCCAUUCUUUCAAGGUGUCCUAGCCACCUUACUCUAUUAAUUUUAAUAGACCGGACGAUAUUGCAUUUUCAUGGCAUUAUAAAGUGCGCUUUUGUCUACAUUGUUAUAAGCGCUUUUAAAAACUGAGAAGAGGUGAUGGGUAUCAAUUCCAUAUUCAUAUGUCUUCUCUAAGGUUUGUCUGAGAAGGAAAAUCUGAUUAAUUGUUGACCUUUCUUUUCAGAAUUUUCCUCAGUAUAUACUAGUAAACCUACAUUCCAACUGUCUGGGAAUUUUCCUUCUCUCCAAAUGGAUGCAACAAGUUUUAUUAUUAUUUUUUUAGGACUUUUGCUCCAUACUUGAACAGCUCAGUGGGUAUACCAUCUUCUCCAGGGGAUUUGUUGUUUUUUAACCUUUUUAUGGCCUGGGCAACAUCUUCUUCUUCUGUUGGUAUAUUAUUUUUCUCCCUCUCAUCGUCUACGUCUCCACUGUGGUCAUUUAUAUCAGUCACUUCUUGGUUGCAUAUAUUUAAUUUCUCAGCAAAAUUCUCCGCCCAUUUCUCCACUAUUUGAUCCAACUCAUUGGUAAUUUCGGCUUCCUUACUUUUUAUUAUGGUUAUUUUAGGUUUAAAUUCUUUUCUGUUGUGGUUCACAUUUUUAUAAAAUUUUCGCGCUUCGCUUUGUGAAUUGAGCCUUUCUAGUUCCUGUAGCUGAUUUUCUAAAUGUCGUUUUUUCUUUUGUUUUAGUAUCUUAGUAUUAAUAUAGUAACGAACUAUGUUUUAACUAUAUUAAAAAAAAGCUACUCACCCAUGGGAGCUAGACUAAUAUGUAUUAUAUCUCAUAUAUUACAGAAAUACGAUAAUGUAGAGUAGUUAGAAUAAUAAAAUGUUUACAGUUUAGGCAUGAGUCAUAUUUUAUCGCAACAGUACCAAAACCAAGUAAGGUUUGUUAUGUUUAAUUCUGUUUUGUUAAAUGGUCAAAUGGAGUAUGAAAUCUAUAUCUCUUCAUUCUAUGUAUAAUAGUUUACAAACUUUUCAUCACUCCAUUGCAUUAUCCACUGCAUUAUCUUCAAAUGAAUUGUCAAGGGAAUCUAACAAGAAGUUAACACUACUCGCCGCUGUUGUCUGUUUUCUUCUUCUUUUAAUAGCGCUACAACCCUUUGUGAGUCUUGGCCUGCUUAACAAUGUUCUUCCAUUCUGCCCUGUCGAAUACUUUCCUUCCUUCGCCACUGCAUAAUGUUCAUGGUUUUAAGAUCCCUCUCUACGUCGUCUGUCCUUCUUUUACGGGGCUUUCCUCUUGUUCUGUUUCCUUGAGGCUUCCAUCUCUGGACUACUUUUACAGCUCGAUUAUCUGGCAUAUUUCCUAGGUGACCUGUUCUAGUUUCUGUUGUCUAUUUACGAGAUAUUAAUACAUAAUUAGAUAUGUUACAUAUUCUGAAAUAUAUCUAUUAUCGUCUGUGGUUAGUAUAUAGCAUCCCAUAUGUAACUAACUUUAAUCGAAAAUAAUAACAUUAAAAAGUGUGAAAUAUGCUAUUAGGAGAAAGAUAUGAUGAUUUUCUCCCUUUUGAAAGAAUGUGUUAAUAGUCGCUAUAUCUAAUACUGUUGCUAAUUCACUGGAGAUGCAUAUUAUCUCCAGUGUCAUUUCUAGUUCCAAAGUCCUCCAUGGAUAGCUUUAUAUUCUGUCUUUGAUUGACCCACAUGUGCAUUAAAAUCACCUCCUAUUAUGACUCUCUUCUUCGAUGGAAUAUAUCUUAACUAUGUCUCCUAAUUGAUCGUGGAAAGGUAAUCAAUCAUUCUUACCCAGUGUGACUUGUGAAGCAUACACACACAAUAUUUAACACUUUGUUAUCCAAUAUAAAUUUUACUGGCAUUAUUCACACAUUCUUACAACUGCUACUACCUUAUCGUUCAUUUCUCUAAUCUUUCUAAUCAGAUAUUAUACCAGUUUCAUUCCUAGUGUUACAUUUCCUUACAUGCCACAAUUUAUAUCCUUCAGCUAGUUCUUUCGCCCUUUGUCCUUUCCCUUGGUCUCUAGAAUGCAAGCAAUGUUUACUCUCUUUCUUUUAAACGAAUCUACGCCAAACUCUUACCUGUAAGACUUCCAACAUUCCAAGACAAUAUCCUCAUAUACCUGCAAUAGUAUUACCCUUGAAAUAGUCCUCACCUGAGCGAGUCUUAGUCCGAGUCUUAUUCAUUAUCAUCACCAUAUUAAAGAACAUUAAAUUUUCUUUUCCAGUCCAUGGUUUUCGGUCGGUUGUUCUUUUUGUCCUUAUGUCAGUACGUAUGAAAACUUUCAGCGAAAAUGGCACCAAACAAUUAUAGCGCAAUUGAAAGAAGUUGCAGGAAAUAAUCAGCUGACGACACACUGCGCAUGCCUUUAGGCAACUUUCUUGCUUCUUGUAGGAAUAAUUGCAAAAUUUAACUUUAAAAAACAACUUUCCAUUGUGUUGACAUUAAAGGGUUAAAUAAUAUAGAGUAUUAUACCAAUAUUGUAUUAUAGUCAACCUCACUGCCAUUGUAUUGUACAUAAUUAUGUAUAUACUUAUUUAAUUUUUGUACAACUGUCAUAAAUAAAUCAAAGAUGUAAGUAAUUUGUUUGUACAUAUAGUAGGUAUUUUCCUAACUUUCCUGAAAAUAGUACUUAAUGUGUACAUUUAUUUAUAAAAAAUAAAGCAUAAUUUUAACUGUAGUUAUUUUCAUUUUCCAACUAAUGGCAAGAAACUCGAUCUAAAAUUAUUGUGGAUUAACUAUAAAUCAAAAAUUAAGAUUUGUCGAUGAUUUUACAAAUGAUGUAGCAGAAAAUAUGUAAAGAUAUAUAAAGAAAAC